AAUCAAAGAGCUUGCCAGAGCUAUUUGGGCUUUUUCCUGUCUGCAAGGUUUUAUCCUGCCACACUUUUCUGAUGAAAGUGCUACUCAGACAUUUGUAGCAAGUGAAGACUAUCUGUAAAUUGAUUAUUCUGAUUUAGGGCGAAAUCAAAAGAAGAAGCACUGUAAAUGGAAGCUAACCUAUAGAAGAAUCCGAACUUCUUUUAUUUAAUUUUAUCACAUCUCACAUAUUGUGGCUCACGGAUAUUUUUUUAUCAUGGCUGGUGAAGUUACUGUAGAUGCGUUACCAUAUAUUGAUCAAGGCUACGAUGAUCCAGGAGUUCGAGAAUCGGCACUCGCUAUGGUGGAAGAAGAAUGUCGGCGAUAUAGACCCACAAAAAACUACCUCGAUCAUUUGCCUUCACUAAAUGUGAAUGCUUUUGAAACUGAUUUGAUGAGCAGUGAAUUUGAGCGUAUACAAAACCGCCAGCCUAUGGAGACCUUAAGCAUGAAACGCUAUGAAUUACCUCCGCCACCAUCUGGAAAACUAUCAGAAGUUAUUGCUUGGCAAGAAUCUAUAGAAAAUUCAAUGGCACAAUUAGAACAUCAGUGGGUUCGCGCCAUGAAUCUGGAAUUAAUGCUUGAUUAUGGUAUUGAAUCGUGGAAAGCAUAUCUAGAGGUUAUUGCUGCCCUACAAGCUAAAACUUUGGCACAAUUUCAGGAGUCGAAGACACUAAUACAAGAUAUUAAUUGGCAACGAAAACAAGCGCAAACACAAGCGGGAGUGAAAUUGAAAACUUUAGAAGCGAAUUGGGUAGCUUUAGUAUCGAAAAAUUAUGAUCUAGAGCAAAAAUGUGCAGAGCUAGAAGGCCAGCUUCACAAAACACGUCAAGAAAUUGAAAAACUAAAGGCUGAAGAGAAAAACACUCUCACUAAUGGAGAUAAAUAGAAAAUUACGUAAAUGAUUUUGAAAUAAGUAAUUGAAAUAAAUAAGUGACAUUUUUCUGAUAUUCCAAA